UCCGCUGCUCCGCGCUCCUCGAGGCCGCAGUGUCUCAGCAUACACACACACACACGCACACACACACCUCCCCCACAUCACAGGCGCACUCACGCCCUGAGCACGCGAUGGAGUAAAGCGCAGAUCAGUCUGUUGAAAGUCCCCAGCGUUCGGAUCUAGAACAUUUUCACCAUGAGCAUUGUGGCGUCACCAGUGAUCAGUGAGGCUGCCUCGCCUAUGAUCACCUCUGUCACUCCCACCUUAGAGUCCAGCCCUAAACAGUGUCCAUGUGGGCCUAAUGAAAGUGGAGAUAAUGUGAGCACAGAUCGCCGCCAGAAGUAUCAAAAACCUCCUCCCCUGCACACUGGAGCGGACUGGAAGGUGGUGCUUCACCUGCCAGAGAUUGAGACCUGGCUGAGAACUACAGCAGAGAGAGUAAGAGAUCUUACACAGUCUGUGCAGCAAGACAGUCUCAACAGGCAUGUGGAUGCUCAUCUUGUGCAGCUAAAGGACAUCUGUGAAGACAUAUCAGAUCAUGUGGAGCAGAUCCAUGCGUUGCUGGAGACUGAGUUCUCCCUGAAGCUGCUGUCAUAUUCGGUGAACAUCAUUGUAGACAUCCGCACUGUGCAGCUCCUUUGGCACCAGCUCCGUGUGUCUGUUCUGGUUCUGAAAGAGAGGCUUCUCCAGGGCCUGCAGGACUCCAACGGCAACUACACUCGGCAGACAGACAUACUGCAGGCUUUUAGCCAAGACCACGACCAGGCUCGACUGGACUCUCUGACAGAAGUGGAUGACUCUGGUCAGCUAAUUAUUAAGUGUAGUCAGGACUACUUCUCCCUGGAUUGCGGCAUUACUGCAUAUGAACUAAGCGACUACAGCCCCAGUGAAGACCCAGAAGAUCGAGAUUCGGGUCAAGAACCACGCUCUCUCUAUCCUGAGCUGGAGCGAGACUUUCCUGAAUUACUUCAGAGUGUGGAUAUUCUAACUAUUGCUGCUUCUAGACAAAACCAAGAAUCUUCAGCUACAGAGGAGGAAUCAGCCAAAACCACCCAGGAUUCUGAGGGUGAACUAAUAAGAUCCUCCCAGGGGCCUGUGGAGGAACCAGUUGAUUUGACUCAGGAGACCCAGAGCAAGCCCAUGGACCAGACACCAUACAUAGACACAGCUAUGCAGGAAGAGUAUGAAGUCGGAUUCUCCAAGCGUCCACUCCAAGGCUCUCAAAGUAAUGCUGUGUCACCUACUCAGCCCUCCACGCCCAAGAAGCCCAUGUAUGUGGAAGCAACGCGCCUCCAGUACCAGAGUGACCUUAGUAGAAGCACACCCUCUCUUGUGGAUCUGCCUGAUCGUUCCAAAUUCUGGUUGGACCUGAACACAGUGUAUCCCAGCAGUGGAAGUCAGUCAGAAGAAAAUCUUUGCAACAUGAAUGCGAAGAACCGGCAUGCGAGCCACCAAACAGCUUUCCAGAAGCGCAGAGUUCAAAUAUCCCUUCAAAGACGCUCAUCCGCUGCUGAGCAGGAAAAUAACACUGAACAUAGUAACCUGUACUCACGCUUAAAGAACAAGCACUCCAAAACCAUGCAGGUGAGCAGUGACUCCUCCACUCCUCUACCAUCUUCAGGGGAAGAAACUUCUAAUCACGAUCCACAAGAAAGCUCUUCCAGUCUCGAUGAUCAUCUUCCUGCAACAGGUUCGGUGUGGAUCAUGCCGAAACAGCCUUCUCAUAUGAUCGACAAGAACAGUAGCCCAAAAGAAGAUUGCUGGUAUGGCUCUGAGGAGUUUCUUGCUCUUCCUGCACAGCUGAAGAAGACUGAGAUGCUGGCCUCAAAGUUGGAGAGUUUGGCUCAGGCUUUACCCCCAAGAUCCCUGCAACAGUCUGUUCAGGACGUGGACAAUUGGGAGCUGACUGAGGCAAACACAGAAUGGGAGACCAAUACUCAUCUCUUUUCUCCUCAGCCCAAUGGGAAGCAAUUCUCAACAGGGAGGUUUUCAUCCUCGUCUAGUGAUGUGGCUGCCUCUGUAGAUGAAAGUAUUGAGUCUGGACCUCUUAGUGACUUGGUGUCAGAAGAUGAGAGCGUGUGGUAUGCACCUAAAUCUGGAAAAGCUGAGAGGAUUACCGUGGAACCUGACACCUCCAGAAUGGUGCUCCACUGUACGCCACUGAUCAAGAAGCUGCUGGAAGACAUCCAGCACCAGGAGAACUACCAGGACAUUUGGGGAAAGUUGGAGGGCUUCGUCUCCAAGCUGGAUGAGUUUAUCUUCUGGCUGAGGGAAGCGCUGGAGAACACAGAGAACUGGACGCCACCACAAGCCGAUAUCGACAACCUCAGUCAUUACCUGGAAACGCACCUUAGCUUCAAGCUGAACGUGGACAGUCACUGUGCGCUAAAAGACAGUCUACUGGAGGAGGGGAGGCAACUGCUGGAACUCAUCACCUGCCACAAAUCAGGCCUCCGGGACAUGCUCCAGAUGAUUGCACACCAGUGGCAGGAGCUUCAGAGGCAGAUCCGCCGGCAGCACGGUUGGAUGCUGCGCACACUGGACACCAUCAAAGCCCAGGUUCUGGCCACUGAGAGACACGAGGACUCUAAUGACUUGGAGGACCGCGAUCUUUAUGCUAGCUCUGAGGUGCAGCAGUGCUACCGAGAGGCCCAGAGGGAUAUUCUGGAUCAGAUGAGUGUGAAACUUGGAAGUCAGCAGUGCUGUUCCAGCUCCAGCAGAAACAAAAACGUCUCUUUCAUGUCCAAGUCCAGCAGCCUAUCAGAGUUCGAGAGUGAGUACCAGGGACUCUGGGAUUGGCUGAUGGACAUGGAGUCCAUCGUGACGGACAGCCACGAGCUGAUGAUGUCAGAGGAGCAACAGCAACAUCUCUAUAAGGGGAAUCGUGUAGAGAUGGCCAUGUGGCUCCCGAAGAAAACGCAACUCUUGGGUUGGGCUGAGAGUCUGAAAAGGAGUAGCAUCGAGCUGCCUGAUGACUUUGAGGAACGCAUGACUGCUCUCAGGGUCAAGUGGGAUCAGCUAGAGAAGAGCCUAGGAGAGCCUGUGGAGGUGCGUACGAGUGACCCAGGUACCUGUGGGGUGCUCUCUCCAGGCACCAGCAGCAUGGUGGCUCAGCUGGAGCUCAAGAUCAAGGAGUUGAAGAGCUGGCUCAGAGACACUGAGCUCUUCAUCUUUAACCUGAGCUUUCGGGAGGACGCGCAGCAUCACGGCCACGCAGACGCCGCCUGCGAUGCCCACCAAUCUCCGUUGCCAGACCAACAACUAGACCCAGAACAAAACCAGAACCAAGACCCGCAAGCAGAGCCACAAGCUGUCAAGCAGCUGGACCGCUUCAAGGUUCUAUGUGUGGAGGUCCGAGGUCGGAGGAAGGGGUUAGCCUCAGUUCUGCGCCUGUGCCAGAGGCUCCUAGAUGUGCCCGAGGAGCAAAGCUCUGAGGCCGAUCGCCAGUCUCUGCGGCUGCUACAGGUGAACCUCGAGAGGCGCUGGGAGGCCAUCGUCAUGCAAGUGCUCCAGUGGCAGAGUCACCUCAAGCGCACUCUGGGCCGAGACCAGGUUCUAGGAAAUCUGAUCGAACCAUCACUUAUAGAUCUCCGUGGCUCAUCUGAAGACUCUUGGGAAUGGGAUGAGAUGGAUAUGACCAUAGUUAAUAUGGAGUCACAUGAAAGCGAUGAGCAAAGCGAUUCAGAAAAGCCCCAGGAGGAACCUUUAGGGACAGUCUGUCAUACACAAAGCAGAAUGAGCUCGAAUGCCCCUCAGUCAACUAGCCCACCUUCAUGUGUUUAUCAGGUGUUCAGUUUGCACAGUGUCGAAUUAUACCAACAACCACAGUUGUCAAUAUCUUCAAAUAUAGCUAAGGAGAAGCAGCCACUGCUAAAGAGCUUAAGCAAGGACUCUUCUUUCUCCUCUGUGGAGUCACUUCCUGACAUCAUAGCAGGGCUUGUUAGUGGGAAACAAGGCUUGCUGACAGAUUCAGCCAGGAGAUCGGAAAGUGAGAGUGGAAUAGUCAGUGAGGGCGACACUGAACCAACAGCCAAUUCUGAGAUCUGUCUGCUUUAUCAGAGUGAUGAUCCAAAGGUUCAAGUUACUCUUAAUCCCUUGAUCCAUUCAGACUCACCUUGUAUAGACAGAGUCUUAGAUGAAGACAAAGAUAAGAUACUGGAACGUGCUAACAAGUGUGCUGAGCUUGGAGACAGUAUGGCAAAGGAGACAAAUGACCAACAAUAUUUCACUGGAAAGAAAAAAGGAGAUGAAUCUAGAGAGAGCAGAAAGAAGCACAAAAAUGAACCGGUGGAGAUUCUUAUUAAUGGGUGUUGUCUCAGUCCUGAAUCUGAGGACGAGGGUCAUGAAACUGGAGCUUUCAGUGCUGGGUAUGAUGAUGAUGAGGGUAAGGUCAGACGAGUGUCCACUCACUUAUCUCAGGGGUCUUCCCUAGAUUCACUUUAUGCUGUGGGUGAAUUCUUUCCAGCGUGCAAAGAGACCCUUACACGUAGCAUGUCCCUGGAGAGCUGGCUUGCUCCAUGUAAGAGUUCAGGAGAAGCAGGCAGUCAGAGCAGUCUGGGAGAUUUGAGCCUGGCCACAGAGACCACUGGGGAGCUGAGCAGACGAACUCUGGAGCUUCUGAAACGACUCGAAAACAUCCAGACCCCUCUUGCCCAGAAGAUUACUCGCAGCAUUUCUGAUAUUACCCUUCCAGGCAGCUCUCUGCAUCUUCUGGGGAGGGGGCCUCGUUCUGGGGGUGCCCCUUCCUCUAUCAACGAGAGUUUGGCAGCUUCUCUUACAGAGCUGAGUAGCAUUGAGGACUCAUCAGCAGCUUCUGAGGAUCUAGCUGUGCAGAAAAAACGCUGCUUGGCUGCCAAUUCCAAUACAUCCUUCCGGAAGCAUAGCCGCAGCCAACAACUGACAGAUGAGACAGACGCCAGUGUCAGCAUGGUAGUGAAUGUGUCAUGUACCUCAGCCUGCACUGAUGAUGAGGAUGACAGCGACCUGCUUUCCAGUUCUACUCUCACUCUUACUGAGGAAGAGUUGGGCAUCAAAGAUGAUGAAGACUCCAGUAUUACCUCUGAGGAGGAGUAUAUAGAAAGGUCAUUUGUACUGGGAUUGGACUAUAUGAAGGGCGAAUUUCAGAGCUGGGUCAAACCCAGAGCCCAAAACAGGGAAAAAAAUGAGGCAGAUCUUGGUGAUGAGUUGCAGUGUGGAACUCUGUCUAGAGAUAGUCUGUCACCUGCAAGUACCGUCAGUGAUCGGAAUUUCUUGAAUCGGGCUGCUCUGAAGCUCCUGGAGUCAAACUCCAAUACUAAAAAUGACAGCCUUAAGAAACAGGAGGUAGACAGCCACCGGACAGAUGCUACCAGAAAUUACAUCAGCAGUUUUGUUGAUGACAUGGAGAAUGGCAAUGUGGAUAGCUCUCACCUCAAAGGGAAGGAUGAAGAUGAGCUCCUUAGAGAGGAAGGGAGUCUUUUUACCAAGAAAGGAGAAUCCUUUAAGGAUUGCUACACCAUGGAUGAUUUAAAGGGAGAUGUAAUAAGUAUGGUAGCUGCCAUUUCCCCAUCCUCAUGUAGGCAGAUAAACUUGCAGUCCCAAGAAUCAACUUUGGAAGGUCAGCUGAAAGGAGAACUACCAUGCCACAACUCUCAUCAUUCACCCCCUUCUCUGUCACCAGUAGAGGAGUGCUCUAUCUCUCACCACAGCAUGCUGGGAGCAGCUCAUAUGAGCUCCCAAGAGCAGUCAGCUUCCUUCCCAAAUCACAUCCAUGAAAAUCACAGAGAGAGCUCAUCAGACUGUUGUAGCCACCAGACAUUUCCUUCUAAAGAGGAGAAAAGUGAAGACGUCCAUAGCUUUGUGAUGGAGAUCAUUGACAUGGCAUCAGUAGCACUGAAGACUAAAGAUGUCCAAGCAGAGCAAUCUCAGGAAUCCUCAAGUCCUGCCUCAACUUCCCAGAUCAAAGAGAAAGUCCUUGAACAUUCGCAUCGGCCAAUCCACCUACGCAAGGGUGAUUUCUACUCUUACUUAUCGCUUUCCUCUCAUGAUAGUGAUUGUGGCGAGGUCAGUACCUGCACGGAGGAAAAGGGUAGCACCCCAGUCCUCUCCAGAACCCCAGAAAUCCAUGAUGAAGAGCCUCUAUUUCCGGCCUGCACAGAAGAGGUCUAUUUAGGUCCUCCGCUCUGCUACAGCAUGUCCAUUAGCAAAAGGCCCAUGAGACGCAGCACCAAACUAAUAGACUCCUUCUGUCCCCUGAGCCAAGCACCUCCACCACCCAGUAAUGAAUACCAAAAAGCACACGGUAUUUCUCCAGGAAGUAUAGCUGGAACCCAGCCACAGUGCCAUAAUGAGGCUCCUUAUCUUAAUCCUUUACCAUGUGAAACCGUGAUAGACACUGUUGAAUGUUUUGCAGAUACUAAAAUGCUUGAAUCCAAUAUUUCCCCUGUAAUGACUAAGAUAAGAGUCUCUUGCUCCAGUACAAAUCCUUUAAAGGAGGAAAGUGGACUCUAUAUUAAUCCUAAAAUUAACUGUCCCCCGAUAAGUAAAAGUGAUAGGGAUGAAAGAGGUGAUGCUUCACAGUGGAUGAAACAGAAGAAUGUCAGAAAAGGGCGCAGCUCUCCUCAGGAAGCCAAGUCAGCUCAUAAACAGUCGGCAAGGUCAGAGCAUGGUGCUGGACCGGUGGAGACAGACCGCAGGGUUUUGCUCAGUGCACGCCGUUCAGACAGCGCGUCAGCGGUGAGGAGUGGAGUGAGCAGCAGACCCCAGGCCAAGAGACUCUCAGGAAAUCGUGCCAUCCCUGCCUGUAGGCCCUGACUUUAGCAGAUCUGCUGCUGCGUAGUUAUACUCUGAGCUGGGAUUUACCUCGAUCCUGGUGCAUGGACCUUCCACCUAGCACUGCAAUACGGCUCCAGUGCUCACUCCUGAUUUUUGACCCCAAAGACUUCAUAGUGGCAUCAUCCUUCUGUACUCACUGCUCAUUGUGGACUGAGCUACCUCAUCGUCUUCCACCGAACACCCCAAGAAACAAUAGUGCACUCUCUUCAACACACACGUACACAAACACACACAUACACACACACACACACACACACACACACACACACACACACACACACACACACACAGUAGCUUUCACUGUCCCAAUACAUGCACAUGGCUUUGCACAUCUGUAUUUGUCAUUUGCAUUUCGAGGGUCAGACGUGAGGCGCAGCACAUUGUAGAGGUCCGCAUUUAGACUACAUAUACAGUAUGUGACCUUUGUCUCUCUCAGUCAGUCUGCAAAGCUGCUCCAGUUUUAUUCACUUCCACUCUGCGUAAGAAAACGCUUUAGCAGACAGAUCCACAGACUGUUAAACUAAGCAAGUGUUGAGAAGAGCUAACUAUGCAACUCAACAUGUGGGUGUAGUCGUGUGGGAUUGAUAUUCUGCUGUUUGAUGGGAUGCUGUUCACUGUUUCUGUUUCUUUAUUUUAAUCCCAGAUAUCUGGAGAAAAAUCAAAGAAGUGUUUUAAACUUUUACAUUUUUGUGCCUUGCUGAUAUUUCUUAUAACUUUUGUUAAAAAACACUGCUUUUUUCCCUGUUCAGUACUUAGUGAGAGAGAAUUUACUUACAAAAUAAGGUUGAGGCUAAUUGAAUGGGUAUCUGUAUAUAUGUAUACUGUACAUUCAGAUCUUGGUGUACAAUGACAAUAUGAAUUAUUCGUGUUCGUGUUACGACUCUGUUCUGUGAUGUGGUUAAUUAUAAGCCUUAACGUGCUACAUUGCAUGGUUGAGAAUAUACCGACUCUUCAGAAAUAAACAUAAUUUAUUGAAAAUUUGUCUAAAAUGUGUACUUCUUCCAAUUGUAAGAUCAUACAAUACUCCAUCUAUCAGUCAUGAUCAG